AUGCCCGGCGACAUUCUCAAGAAGAGGAAAAUCGUCGUUCUAGGUUCUCGCUCGGUCGGGAAAUCGUCACUCGUUAUCCAGUACAUUGAGAACCACUUUGUCGAGUCCUACUACCCUACCAUCGAGAGCACGUUCUCUAAGAACAUCACCUACAAGGGUGUCGAGUACGACUGUGAGAUCCUCGACACCGCUGGCCAGGACGAGUACACCAUCCUCAACUCCAAGCACGCCGUCGGCAUCCAUGGCUUCGUCCUUGUCUACUCCGUCGCGUCUCGCAAGUCCUUCGACAUGGUCGACAUCGUCUACGAGAAGGUCGCCAACUUCUGCGGCAUGAACUCGAUUCCGUGCGUCAUUGUCGGCGCAAAGACUGACCUGCAGCAAAGCAAAUCCAGGCAGGUGGCUCCAACCGAGGGCGAAGAGCUCGCCAAACGCCAUCACGCCGCGUGGGUCGAGACGAGCGCGAAGAGCAAUGUGAACGUUGCCAAGGUGUUCGAGCUCUGUCUGGCGGAGAUUGAGAAGACCACGUCAAAUAGCAACAACAACGAACCCCCAGCCAGCAAGUGCAUCAUCAUGUGA